AUGGGGCGUGACAGUCGCGGGGAUCGCUACGCCCGGCGCGGCGAUGCCGCCUCUGACCGGCAUGGCGCCGUCGAUGGCGGCAGCAGCACCUCGAAGACCUCCACACGCUACGGGCGUUAUGCUGGGAAACGGCGUUCACGUUCCCCGCGGAGUGGGCGUCGUGGUGCCAGCGAGGAGCGAGACAGUGACCGCCACCGCGCCAGGCGGCGUUCAGAGAGCGAGGAGCAGCGACGGCGGCGGCACGGGACGGGCAGAGGACGGUCGGGUAGCAAGGAGGUGGCGAAGAAGGGCAGAGGGCGCAGGCGUUCACGAUCCCGGGCGUCGUCGUCGUCCUCCUCCUCUAGCGUGUCGCGAAGAGCCGAUGCUGGCCGGCGACGCUUUGAGGCAGUAGAUGUGCGGGAGCUGCUACAGCCUGAGAUGCCGGCAAACGCCGGGGGAAUGGUGCCGCAGUUGCCUGCCGAGAUGAUCAUGGCGCUCAUUCAACAGCAACAGCAACAGCAACAGCAGCAGCAGCAGCAGCAGCAGAUGCUGAUUUCGCAGCAGGACACAUUGACGGCUGCGAGGGACGCCAUGCUCUCUACACCGGAUCCCACAGCUGUACCG